AUGAAGCUUUCCUGGGCAGUGGGAGCGGCCCUGUUGGGCACCGCUGUGGCCGAUGUCGACCCCAUCAUCAUUAAGGGUUCUAAAUUCUUCUACUCCAGUAACAAUACCCAGUUCUACAUGCGUGGUGUUGCCUAUCAACAGGACUACUCCAGCAACGGCACCACCAAUGGCUCCAGCAGCUACAAGGAUCCCUUGGCCGAUGCUACUGCUUGCAAGCGUGACGUGCCCAUUAUGCAGGAACUGAACACCAACACCAUUCGGGUCUAUGCCAUCGACCCGACUGCCAACCACACCGUAUGCAUGCAGUUGCUGGCCGAUGCAGGCAUCUACGUGGUCUCAGACCUGUCCGAUCCCACCCAGUCCAUCGACCGGAGCGAUCCCACCUGGGAAACUACUCUUUACUCUCGCUACACAGCGGUCAUCGACGAGAUGGCUCAGUAUAACAACACCCUGGGUUUCUUUGCGGGUAACGAAGUCUCCAACACCGUCGCCACGACGGAUGCUAGCGCGUUUGUCAAGGCGGCUGUUCGUGACAUGAAAUCCUAUAUCAAGGAGAAGGGCUACCGCACCAUGGGUGUUGGAUACGCGACCAAUGAUGACUCUACUAUCCGUGUGCACAUGGCCAACUAUUUCAACUGUGAAAGCGAAGAGGACAGCAUCGACUUCUGGGGUUAUAACAUCUACUCCUGGUGCGGUGACUCAUCGUACUCGGCCUCUGGCUACAAGGACCGCACAGAAGAGUUCGCCAACUACUCUGUCCCCGUCUUCUUCGCUGAGUAUGGAUGUAACGAGGUCCAGCCCCGUCAGUUCACCGAAGUCGAUGCCCUGUUUGGUGACAAGAUGAAUGGCGUGUGGUCCGGUGGUAUUGUUUACAUGUACUUCCAAGAAACCAACAAUUACGGUCUCGUUUCCAUCGUCGACAGCACCAGCGUCAGCAAGCUUGCCGACUUCACCUCCUACUCGAAGCACAUCGCCAGCGCCACCCCCUCUGGUGUGAACAAGGCCUCCUAUACCCCUACCAACACUGCCCUGCAGAGCUGCCCCACGGUCAACAGUGCCUGGAGAGCCACCCAGACCCCCUUGCCUCCUACCCCGAACGAGAACCUGUGUGACUGCAUGUCUGACGCCGCCGCUUGUGUCGUGAAGGACUCCGUUUCUAGUGAUGACUAUGCCGACCUGUUCUCUCUGGUCUGCGGGUACACUACAUGCACGGGAGUGUCCCGCAAUGGCACCACCGGAGUCUACGGCGCCUACGGCAUGUGCAGCCCCAAGCAGCAGCUCAACUUCCUCCUCAACAAGUACUACACCGAGCAGAACUCUGCCGCAUCGGCUUGUAGCUUCGGUGGCUCGGCUACCGUGACUUCGACCACUAAGGCCACCGGCACUUGCUCCAGCUUGAUGAGCCAGGCUGGUACUGCCGGUACUGGUACUGUCACUUCCCAGCCCACUGGUACCUCGGGCUCGUCUGCCUCUUCUUCCACCUCGUCUGGUUUGGCCCCUACCACCGGUAGCACUAUGGUGGUUGUUGGAUCUGUUCAGCUGGGCGCGUACAUUGUGACUGCUCUGUGCGCUGCAUUCUUUAUGAUUAUGCUGUAG